CCUUAUUUCAGAAGAGCAGCGUAAUUUACCCUAAAUGUAAUUAAUUGGAUAAAGCAAAAACUAGACCGUGUAGGGGAGGAGAGUCCACAUUGAAUUGAAGAUUUGGUAAUUAUAUUAUCUCCUCGGCCUUAGCUACGGAAAACCUACAUUUAUUUCUUUGUUUCUUCACUCAACAAACCUCACCCAUAUAUUAUAUUACACUACACACAAAUUCGCCCACAUCUUCUUUUCCUUUCAUCUCCGUGUCUCUCUCCUCUCUCUCUCCUAUCUCCCUAUUCUCUCUCUCUCUCUCUGUAUCUAUAUCUGUAUAUAUCUAUCUACCCAAACACACAGCAGCUUCGUUUUAGGCAAAAAAAAACAACACGAGAAACACAACACAACAAAGCGAACCCCAAUAUAAUAUAUAAAAAAAAUCCAUGUCAUCUCGGAUCUUGUAGAAAGGAUCCGAUUCGUGGCAAUCCGACCAAUUUGGGUGUGUUGAAUUUUCAAUUUGAAUCGGGGGCAAUGACGAGGAGGUGCUCGCAUUGCAGCAAUAACGGGCAUAAUUCUCGGACGUGCCCUAAUCGAGGGGUGAAGCUUUUUGGGGUCCGAUUGACUGAUGGGUCGAUCCGGAAGAGUGCUAGUAUGGGUAACUUGACCCAUUAUAUGGGCGGCGGCGGUGGUGGUAGUGGAAACGCAACCCCUCAAAAUGGCCUCGCACAUGACUCUCCUGGUGGCACCCCCGACCAUCCUUCUGCUGGCUCUGCCGCCGCUGAUGGUUAUGCUUCUGAAGACUUUGUCGCCGGCUCCUCCUCCAGCCGUGAGAGGAAGAAAGGUGUGCCAUGGACCGAAGAAGAACAUAGGUUGUUUCUGGUUGGUUUGCAGAAGCUUGGUAAAGGUGACUGGCGUGGAAUUGCACGUAAUUACGUAAUGUCUAGAACACCUACUCAAGUUGCUAGCCAUGCCCAGAAAUACUUCAUUAGGCAAAGUAAUGUCUCUCGAAGAAAAAGACGCUCGAGCUUAUUCGAUAUUGUCGCAGAUGAAUCAGUCGAUACUACAGUGAUGACAAGUGAUUUCUUCCCCGUGAACAUUCCACAAACUGAGGCACAAAGCAGCACACACGUACCGGACGAGGAAUGCGAAUCUAUGGAGUCUGCAAAUUCCAACGAUGGCGAGGUUCUGCCACCUCAGCAGAUGCAAGAGGGGGCCGUGGCCCCACAAUAUCCAUACCCUCUCAUGUACCCCGCCUACGUGGCGGCCCCACUCUAUCCAUUCCCCGUCCAGUUCUGGCCCGGAUAUGAAACGGAGCCCGCUAAAGAAGAAGCACAUGAAGUGGUGAAACCGACAGCUGUCCAUUCCAAAACCCCGAUUAACGUGGAUGAAUUAGUCGGAAUGUCGAAACAACUAAGCUUAGGGGAAUCUUUGGGUGAUAGCGGACCAUCGACACUGUCGCUUAAGCUGAACGAAGGAUCCACUACAAGGCCGUCGGCUUUUCAGGCUAAUCCAGCUCCUGGUAAUUCGGGCAUCAAUUCUAGUCACAAUCCAAUUCAUGCCGUUUAAUUGAAUUAAUAAUAAUAAAACAUGUUUAUCGUGAUGUGGAGAUCUCUCGUGUUAAUAGAAGAUGGUGGGUGGUAGGCAUUUAGAGUGGUUUCGGUAAGUUUAUAUAUAACUUUUUUUAUUUGUUAGGGUUUUUUUUUUCGUAAUAAGUUUGUGGUUAGGGAUGAUUUCAAACAUCAACCGAUUACUGUGUAGGCAUCAGAAACCUCGUCUUUUCUUUUUUUUUUUUUUUCAAAUUAUUUUAAUGGUAGCAAGACUUGUGCAUCAGUUAAAAAAAACAACCUAAGUGUGUACUUGCUUUUAUGUCUCGAAUGUAUAUAUAACUUAGCUAUAAUGUUGGUGACGGAUGUAUAUUGCUCAAUCAAGAAUUUUAGUUGAUGGUUUA